AUGCCAGCAGUCCGGAUUCUGAUACUAGCUGCCUGCUGCUGCUGGCUUCUCCUGCUCCCAGUUCGCUGUUGUGGUCCUGGCCGGGGGCCGGUUGGCGGCCGGCGCCGUUACAUGAGGAGACUGGUCCCACUGCUUUACAAGCAGUUUGUGCCUAAUGUGCCAGAGAAGACUCUAGGGGCCAGUGGCAAGUCAGAGGGCAAGAUCCGACGGGGUUCGGAAAGGUUCAUCAAGUUGGUCCCCAACUACAACCCAGACAUCAUCUUCAAGGAUGAAGAGAACACAGGAGCUGACCGACUCAUGACUGAGCGCUGCAAAGACAGAGUCAAUGCCUUGGCUAUCUCUGUGAUGAACAUGUGGCCAGGCUUGAAGCUGCGGGUGACCGAGGGCUGGGAUGAGGACGGCCACCACGCUCACGACUCUUUGCAUUAUGAAGGGCGAGCGUUGGACAUUACAACAUCUGACCGAGACAGGAACAAAUAUGGCAUGUUGGCCCGUCUGGCAGUGGAAGCUGGCUUUGACUGGGUGUAUUACGAAUCCAAAGCACACAUCCAUGUCUCUGUGAACACAGAUAACUCCCUGGGUGUCCGGUCUGGUGGCUGUUUUCCUGGAACAGCUAUGGUUAUGAUGGAGACCGGCAAGAAAAAACCGCUGUCUGAACUAAAGCUUGGUGACACUGUCUUCACUACAGAUGAAACAGGCCUGUUGAUACAUUCAGUGGUUCUGCUUUUCUUGCACAGGGACCCAUAUAAAACAGCUACGUUUGUGCUUAUUGAAGCUGAGGGACACCCAACCAAGCUCCUUGUUACACCCAAUCAUCUGUUGUUUAUAAAAAGCAGCUCAUCAACAGGAUUUCAACCAACUUUUGCUUAUAGAGUUCAAAUAGGAGACCUGAUUCAAAUCUAUGUGAAUGGCACUCAGGUGCAAUCUUCUAAGGUUGUGAGGGUAUCCGUAGAUGAACAAACUGGAGUGUAUGCUCCCAUGACUGAACAUGGAACCCUACUUGUGGAUGGGGUGCUAACAUCGUGCUAUGCUACCGUGGAGUCACACACACUGGCACAUGCAUCUUUAGCCCCCCUCAGGCUCUUUCAAGGCAUAGCUUCAAUGCUUCCAGAUUUACAUACGAGUGAUGGGGUGCACUGGUACUGUCACAUACUCUAUGUGCUGGCCAAGUAUGUUCUUUGGUGGGAUAUGCCUUAA